GAGCCUUUAGCCGGCAAUUAAAAGUGUAAAGAUGUUAACGUUGCGGGCAAGCAGCAGUCCCGAAAAUGGCGAAGUCCCACGAGUCUGUAGAGUGGCGCCAUACUUCCAAAGUGGCAUUGCUUUUUAAAAAGCUGCUGUGCUGGCUGAAUGGAUUCUGAUGAAUUGAAGUUUUAUUUGCAGGUUUUUCAAGGCACCCCACAGCAGCAUUGCUGUAGUCGACAAAAAGACCCUCUACUUGCCUACAUCCUUCGACGUCAAAGCAUUAAAAACUGAUGAAGAUGAGCCUCUUGAACAACGAGAUGCUGUUGGGGGAUUCAUUAUCCCCCUUCAGCCAGCCGUGUUCGGUGGCUGAGGAAAGUCUGGGACUCCUAGAUGACUACCUGGAGGUGGCCGAGCCCAUCAGUUCGCAUGGGUUCUCCAGCGACAAGGCUAAGGCAGUCUCCUCCAAUUGGCUUGCUGUGGACAGUUUAGGCAACACCAUAGAUAGCAGCCAGGAGGAUGCCUUCUCUGGCAUGGAGUGGAUGGUGGAGAAGAUGGAUCUGAAGGAAUUUGAUUUUGAUGCCCUGUUAGGUAUGGAACAUCUGGAAGCCACCGUCUCACCAGACGAGCUGAUGGCCACGUUGGAAGACACGUGUGAUCUCCUAUUUAACCCUACCAUCCAGGAAUUUCACAACAAAGAACCUCCACUGAUUACUGACCUAAUCACCCAUCUCCCCGAAUCUCCAAUUGGAGCAGAUCCAAUGGCCCCAUUGGCUUCCCUUUGGUCUUUCCCCCUCUCCCCAGGGUCUCUGACUUCCACUCCAGACCAUUCAUUUAGUUUAGAACUAGGUAGUGAAGUGGAUGUUCUGGAAGGAGAAAGAAAACAGGAGGGCCCCACCUUUGUGAUAGUGAUUGCCAAGUCUGAGAAAGAGGAGGAGAACCAUUCUGAUGAUAGUGGAAUAUGCAUGAGCCCAGACUCCUACCUGGGAACACCCCAACAUAGUCCUACCAAUUCAGUUGGAUCCCCCAAUGACAACCAGUUCCCUGCAGAUGCCACCUGUGGCUCUGUGCGGUCCAAACCAUAUGAUCAUCCUGCAGAGAAGGUAGUGUCAGCAAAGAUGAAAGGAGAAAAGAAAAUGGAUAAGAAAUUGAAAAAGAUGGAGCAGAAUAAGACAGCUGCCACGCGUUACCGGCAGAAGAAGAGGGCAGAACAGGAGGCGCUGUCUGGGGAGUGCAGAGAGUUGGAGCAGAAGAAUCAGGCCCUGAAGGAGAAAGCAGAUUCCCUUAGUAAGGAAAUUCAGUACUUAAAAGAUCUGAUUGAAGAAGUACGCAAGGCCAAGGGCAAAAGAGCUAGAGUCCCUGAAUAGAGUAGUCAGCAGUUUUUAUGUGCAUGUAUAUAAGCUUGCUGCUAAAGCUGUGUAUUGCUGUCUAAUAAAUUAUUUUAUAGUAAACUUGC